AUGGACAGACGGCGGGAGCUCGGCGCUCAGCCCGGGGUCCCCAACUCGGCUCCUGCCCGCUGCCGGCAACAGCUCCGAUUAGCCCUACGGCAAGAGCUGCCACGUCUCUUCCGGGUGCGGCGCAGGCUGAUGACGACACGCACGCUGAUGACGGCCCCGCCCACAGAGCGCGAGCCGGAGAGGGCGGGGCUGCGCGACGCAAUCCGAGCGCGACAGGGCGGGCGAUUCGAACGUUGUUGCGGGAAGAAGCCGUUUCCUGGACGGCGCGAAGCCGAGCUGCAAGCGGCGGCGGCGGCGGCGGCGGCGGAGGAGGUCGCGACCGCAGCGGAUAAUGAGCGCGAGGCCAGCGCGGGGCCCACGACGAGCCCCGCCAGGCCGCUGCGCCGGUCGCUGCGCUUAUCGGGAGCCGAGCUCCGCAGCCUCCAGCCCGGGGACGGCCCGCAGGAGAGCCCGGGCGCCCUCGACGCCGGGCCCCACGCCCAGAAGAGGCUCGCAGCGCCCCCACCCCAGGCGCCCCCGGCACCCCCGGGCCACAAGGAGAUCGUGCUCAGGAAGAUCGUGCCCCGAGCCGCCCAGACCCCGAAGGGCCGCACACCUUCCUCCAAGAGCCCCAAGAUCACCUUUUUCUUGGAGAAGGAGAACCAGUCCCCCAUCCCUGAGCCCACCUGGGAGAGCCUCUUCAAGCCUUGCAGCGGGCCCAGCACCCCGGAUUCCCUGCCCGCUCCACUCCCCCCAGGCCCCAACUCUACCUCCAAAGUGGACUUAGACCUCAGAGACUUGGAGAUGUCCAAGAAAGUGAGGCGCUCCUACAGCCGCCCGGGGACCCCCAGCACCGCCAACUUGGCCACCACUUCCACCCCUGCCGCUGGCCGCCCCUCCUGCUUCGGCUUUGAGGGGCUGCUGAGCACCGAAGAGCUAACCAGGGUAUCACCUGUGGUGUGCCCCAAGACCACCGAGCCGUCUGAGGUGUCCGCAGUGCCCUGGCUCCCUGACACCGCACUCCCCGGCAUCUCGCCCCCCAUGGCAGCACGAGAGAAACGGAAGAAGAAGAAGGUCCUGGGGGUCCUGAAAUCAGAGCUGGAUGAAUGGGCUGCGGCCAUGAAUGCAGAGUUUGCCGCUGCUGAGCAAUUUGAUCUUCUGAUAGAAUGAGAUGCUCUGGGGGUGCAUCUGGCCUGAAUCCCCCCACCCCUAUACAUAGUUCCUCACCCUCAUCCUGUGGAGAACACCUGGGGUCCCCUCCCUGGCCUAGUUUCCAGUAUGUGCUAUGACUGUGACUGAAACCUGCUGCUCAGCUGUGAGAAGGGGCUGCAUUUGCACCUCGAGAGCCUGGUACUCCCAAUGCCUCCCAUGCAAGGGGGCUGUUCCCCAGCACGGCUUCCUCUGGUCCCUCCUGUUGGCAGAUCUGAGCCUGGAGACCUUUUGGCAGAUGCACAGGAGAACUGAGAAUCCGGCUGGGGCAGCUCGGCCU